ACCAUAGAAAAGGCACAUUCACCACACAGUGAAACAUCCUCAAUAAUAUUUUCGCGUAAUAAUUGGACAAUAGUUACCAGAGGCAACGACGAUACCGUCAAAGUAUGGGAUACGAGAAAUUUAAAGAGUGUUGUAUCGGUGGCGAGUGAUCUUCCAAGCUAUACUCCCGAAACUAACGCGAUACGAUUAAUAAUAGGCACUGCGGUCAAAAAGGGGGAAGGUUACGGAAAGCUCGUAAUGAUGGAUCGUGACUCUACAGAUUGUGCGGACAAUGAUGUAAUACGAAUCAUUACAGGAAGCGCUGACGGAACCGCUCACGUAUUUUACGAUCCGAAUGUAAGCGUUCGAGGAGCAAAACUCUGUGUCGUCAAAGAGCCAAAGAAACGAGCGAUUGAUGAAUUUGAGAUCAAUCGACUGAUCAUUCGCCACACUCGUUGGCUCUAUUUCGAGAUGAAAGACCGAAAAUGA